AUGAAAUGAAAUAGAGUAGUUGCUGGUAAUAUGGGUUAUAUACGCUAGCUGUAAUUAUUUAGCUUAUUUAUUGAGUUUGCUUGAAACUCUACUGAUUCUGAAGUGAGGAAACCAAUUCUAUAGUAGGUCUGCAUUUUUGCUUUAAAUCUGCAAAGAACCUUUCCAACAAAAAGUCCAGAGUGAAUUUUAAACCGUCUUCUAUACUUCAAAGAUACCACAGACUGAAACUGAAGCACACAAGACCAGAAGCAGGCUGCAGAGAGAAAAAAAGACAUGCAGAAUCUGUAUGAUACAAAUCUUACAUCAGAGCAGUACUGUGGGGAUUACAGACAGAAACUGAAGCUAUUUUGCAAGUAAGGUGAGGCCUUUGUAUCCUGUGUGUUCCCAGAUAUUCUAGCCACAGUCCUCUGUUCCUGCAUGAGGCAGUCAGUCUACAUAAGGAAGGUGUUUGCAUUUUGUGACAAUAUAUUACACAAGAGUUUGCAGAACUGCACCAGUUUCUUCAUGACAACGAACAGAACCUUCUCCAACAACUUUAAAUAGAAUAAGUAAAAAUUCUGAAUGAAAUGCACGCACGUUUUAAGUGCAUUCAAAGUGACAUUAUGGCCACCCACGUUAUGGUGUCUGAUGCCAAGUUAGAACUCAUGAAAGAAGUAGUAAGAACUUUGGAAGAAACUGAAGAAGAGAGUGUCUGUAUUAAAAAUGAUGUUAUGGCCAGUCAGGAAAUGGUGUCCAAUAAAUCACAACUUCAAGAAUGGGAAACUACUAGUUUUCUAACAAUACCAGAAACAUUUGAGGAUGUUGCCGUCACUUUCUCAGAAGAUGAGUGGAAGAUGUUAAGAAAACAGGACAAGAAGCUUCACAAGGAUGUGAUGGUACAGAUCUAUGAAACUAUGGUUUCAGUAGGAUACAACAUCCCCACAGAGAAAUUGCUACUUCUGCUUAAGAUAGACAAUGAUGAACUCCAGGAAGAGGACAUGGAGGUGAAAAAUAACACAGAAGAAAAUAAUCGUGAGUACAAACUCAACAUUAUCAGAAGCACAGAAUGCGGUGUGGGUUGUAGUCAGCAAACUUCACAUGGAAUACCUGCACUACAUCACCUUGCAGAGUUCCUGCAGCACGAUGUUCAACCUGUGAAGAGCUCCAACAAGCAUCAAGUCACACCUGCAUCACAGCAUAACUGCAGAAAGUUCUGUGACUUUUGCACAAGUUUUGAUCCACCGCAAAAUCCAGUAGUACAUCAGAAAUCUUACACAGUGAAGAAACCGUACAAAUGUCCUGAAUGUAGUAAAUGUUUCAAAUAUAGUGGUAAUCUGACACGCCAUCAGGCUAGUCACAUGGAAGAAAAAGCAUACAAAUGCCCUGAAUGCAGUAAGUGUUUUUCAUAUAAGAGUAAGCUGGAGUGUCAUCAGGCCAUUCACACUGGAGUAAAACCAUAUAAAUGUCCUGAAUGCAGUAAAUGUUUUUCAUGGAGCAGUAGUUUGAUGAACCAUCAGACCAUUCACAAAAGGGAGAAACCAUAUAAAUGCACUGACUGCAAUAAAUGUUUUUCACGUAAUCAGGAUAGGAUGCGUCAUCAGGUCAUUCACACCAAGGUAAAACCAUAUAAAUGCCUUUUAUGCAAUAAGUGCUUUUCAUGGAGCACUAGUUUGAUGCGCCAUCAAUCCAUUCACACAGGGGAGAAGUCAUAUAAGUGUCUUGAAUGCAAUAAGUGUUUUUCACGUAGCAGUACACUGAAGUGCCAUGAGGCCAUUCACAAAGGGGAGAAACCAUAUACAUGCACUGAAUGCAAUAAGUGCUUUUCACGUCGCAGCACAUUGAAGUCCCACCAGGCCGUUCACAAAGGGGAGAAACCAUAUAAAUGCACUGAAUGCAAUAAGUGUUUUUCACGUCGCAGUAAUCUGAAGUCCCAUCAGGCCAUUCACAAAGGUGUGAAACCAUAUAAAUGCACUGAAUGCAAUAAGUGUUUUUCACAUAGCAGUACACUAAAGUGUCACAAAGCCAUUCACACAGGGGCAAAACCAUAUAAAUGUACUGAAUGCAGCAAGUGUUUUUCACGUAGCAAUUAUCUGAUAAAGCAUCGGGCUGUUCAUAGAGGGGUCCUAAUGGAGUGAUGGGGUCAUACUGGAGAGAAGGGGUCCUAAUAGAGAGAUGAAAACUCACCAAGCAAAGGAGAGUAGUAAUAGUGCUGGAAAUGAAUUCAUCCUCAAGUCUUGGUGA